GACGGUAACAAAAAAGCCAGCCAGCGCCGCACACCGCCACAAGCAGGCAACCGCGCAAGACCGACCGCUCGAGCCUCCCGUUUUCCUCGCUUCCUCGACUCGACCGAAGCUCGCCAUGUUCCGCUGCGGGAUCGCCUACCCACGCUGCAGGUGGAUCGUGCCCCUGCUGCUGCUCUUCGCCAUCAUCUUCGACAUCAUCGCCAUCGCCGCCACGUCGGGCUGGGUGACGGACGAGGAGGGCAAGACGCACUACGCCAGCAUGUGGGAGCAGUACCACGGACGCAACGACCAGUGGGAGAGCAAGUCCCUGAUGGAGUUCUCGUGGGCGCAGGCGGUGGCCGCCCUGAUGAUCCUCGGCCUCCUCAUCCUCAUCGGCGCCUUCAUCCUGUCCUGCGUGGCGCUGUGCUGCACGCUCAACGUCACGCUGCUGCCCGUCAUCGGAGUCAUGCUUAUUGUCGUCGUGGUGCUGCAGGUGAUCGCCCUGAUCAUCUACCCGGUCAAGUUCAACGAGCAGAUCUUCGAGGGCCACUACUACUACACGUGGGCGUACGGCUUCGGCUGGGGCGCCACCCUGCUGUGCAUCGGCUGCGCCGUGCUCUUCUGCUGCCUGCCGCGCUACGAGGACGAGCUCACCGGCCUGGCGAAGACCAAGUACCUCUACACGUCCGCCUAAAGCCCCCCUCACCCCCCAUCACCCCCCAGGCCCUGCCCUCCCCAACCACCAGAAGCGUGUCUUUUUGUACUUUCACCCCAAUUCAAGAUGCGGGUGGCAUCGGCGUCGGCAGUAGCGACCGUUUUGUCCCCGAGAGCUUCUCCGUACGAAACAUCACCCAAGUGCCUGCGCAUCAAUCGGAAUGGAUUUUUAAUCUGGACUCGAUGAUUUGGACUCUUUGAUUUGAUCCCGAGCGACCGCUCCGGCCCACUCUGCAACCGGGAUCCAAAAUGCUUCCGCUUUCAAUUCGGGGGUUGUUCUGAAGGGUUUUUGCCCUGUGUAAUUGAUCCAGAACUCUCCAACAAUCCAGAGCAUUGCUUCGGGAGCGAAUGAUCUGGGCCACAGAAAUUCUUCCGGAGCAGAUGAUCCCAAGCCAUCGAUCGGGAGCAAUCGUUCUGGCCCCGCUGUUUGGGAGCGAGUGAUCCGGAACCAUUGGGAAGCAUACGAUUUUGAGGAUUGUAUUCUGAAGCAUUUGAUUCAAUCGGUCCAGGCCACAGUGGAAGCCCAACAACAAA